UUUUAUUGGCCGACGCGUGAGGGAGCUGUUAUUGCUUUCUUGGAAAACUUCGUUUAAUGAUGAACUUCCCUUAAAACAAUUAUUGGUUUCAAAGUAAACCUCUGAUUUUUUAUUAUGCUAUGCAAGAUUAUUUUUCAGUCUCGAAUGCUUGUGCAUUUCUUUAAACAGAUUCGAAAUGGGGGGUUGGGAGUCACUACGAAUAAUUUCUCCUCGGCCUGUUUCGUAAACAAGAGUGACUUGAAACGCAUGAUCGAAGUGAAGGAGCACGUGUGGACAAUACAGACAGCAAGACGUCAAAUAAGCACAAGAAUGGAUAAACAGCAACAGACGCCCCGGAUCGAUUCAUAUUUCUGUCUGAACGAUUACGAUGCCUAUGGAUUCGACUUAGAUCACACGCUGGCUAAAUACAAAUUAGUGAAUGUUUUCAACCUGUCUUAUGAUUCGAUAUCAAAUUAUUUGGUAAAUGAACAUGGUUACGAUGCAAGAAUUCAGCAUGAUUUACAUAAAUAUAAAGACUUUAUAGCGAAAGGUUUGGUUUUAGAUAUUGAAAGAGGAAAUAUUUUAAAACUUGGAGCACAAGGUGAAAUCUUGAUGGCUAAACAUGGUACCAAACCAAUAAGUAAAGAUAAAUUAAUAGAUAUUUAUGGUAAUGAUCUGAUGUUUGAACAUUCUAAAACUAUUUUAAAAACAGUUAAAAACAACAAUAAGGACUACAGAUUUUUUGAGAAUUAUUUCGACAUCCCUGGUCUGGUAGCCAUGGCACGAAUUGUAGAUAUUUUAGAUGAAAAGGGAGGUUCCGACAGUAAGAAACACUCAUAUCUGGAGACAUGGUCUGAUAUAAUGAAAGCCUUGAUGAACACCUACACAUAUGAAGCUUUCAGAUUGGGCACAGGUGGGUUUUUCCCUGGAAUCAAGAAAAAUCCAGGGAAUUAUGUAGAGAAAUGCAGUGAUGAUGUAAAAACAUGGUUAAAGAAGUUAAAGGAAAAUAAUAAAUGUGUUUUUCUUGUCACAAGUUCUUAUAUUGAUUUUUCUUCUCUUCUGUUAGAAACUAUUAUUGGGAAAGAUUGGAAGUCCUAUUUUGAUAUCUCUGUAUUUCGUGCCCGAAAACCAGCAUUUUUUACCGACGGUCAUCCAUUUCUUAGAAUAAAUGAUGAUAAUAUAGAAAAAGAACCAGUUCAAGAUUUAAAGAAAGAUGGAUGCUAUAGCCAGGGCAAUCAUAAAGAAUUACAGACAUUUAUAGCUAAUAUAACCAAUAAAAAGCAUCCUAAAGUUGUAUAUUUUGGAGAUAAUAUAUGUGCUGAUUGUUUUCCAUCCAAAAAUUAUGCUGAUUGGGCUACCGUGUUGUUGUUAGAAGAAAUGGAUGCUGAAGGGUAUUUGUGUUCUGAUGGUACUGUGCCUGGUCAUGAAAAUGAUGGGGAACCAUCCAAAAAACGAUCAAAAUUUGAGCAUAGUUCAUUUGUAACUCCAGAAGAAGUUGAAUAUUUAUUGACAGAAGAAUGGGGACCAUUUCUCUAUCAUGAUAUAAAAGAGGAUAAAAGUAUAAAUAAUGGUUCUAGAGUAAUGAACACAUUUUGGGGAUCAGUUAUAGCGAAAUAUUCAUGUAUAGCUAUUCCUAGUCUAGAAUAUAUAGCAGGUGUUCCUUUAAGCCAUAAAUUUCAAAAGUUUACAACAGAAGAGGGUAAUACUAAAGGUUUUCACCCUGGUAUUCCAAGUUCAUUGUUACCUUAACUAGACGAUACUGUGGUGUUCACAGACUCCUCAUUAGACUGUUUUGCUAAAGGAGGAGACCCAGAUCAAGAAAAGUGCUCUAUCUGUGAAAAGCUCAAAGAAUAAUAUUGUCAGUUACUUUGCCAAGGCAAACUGUAAUUGAUUUACAGAAAUUUGAUGAAAAUGAUAUUUAUAUUUAUCUAUAUGAUUUGUUAUAAUCAAAGGUUUGUUGAUAUUAAUUGAUUUUAAAAAAUCAUGGUAUACAAUGUAUAAUACACAUAUAUUUGUUAAUUUUAAUAUAUAGAGAAAAUGGGCUAGUACACCUAACUAGUCAUUGACUUGUUAUAAUAUGCACAAAAGAAUUACCAUAUUUUAAACCUUGAUUUUGAAUUAUUGUCUUUUUUAAUUAAAAAGUGAAAUAUACAGCUCUAACCUCUGAUAAAUGAUUAUGAUGUUAAUUCCCCAGAGACUUGUGUGGAAACUGAAAGAUAUAGUGUAAUGGAAUCUCGGCAUCAACCAAUUUCUAUUUAAUCCUUGAGUGGCAUUUAGCGAUUGAGCACAAUAAAAAAAAACACAACACAAAUUUAUGUCAUAAACAAUCACUGGUUUGUAUACACGUACAGCAUGAAGUUUUGACAAGAGAACAUUUGUAGAAACGUCGUGCUAUAUUUGUACAAUCCAGUGUUUUUCAAUUUAUAUUUCUCUAAAUAACAGACAGCCACAGACCCAGACUGUAUGGCAUCAGUCACAUGGUUGAAGUAAUUGUUGCAAUCAUAUUAUCAUUUAUUUAUGGUCAAUAUGUUAGCUUAUAGAUUGUCUUUGCUUUCAUAUUGUCUAUGUGAAGUAAGUAAGUGUGCAAUACUUUUAAACUUUACAAAGUAACCCGCCUUUAUUAGAUGAUAGUCUGUUUGUAAUCAUUGUAGCCUUGUUGGCAU